CAGCAGCGGUCAGCUCGUCUGGGUGGAGUGAACUUUACAUAUGUAGUACAACAAAUUAGCCAGGAGGAGAGCGGUGUGGCAGAGUGAAAAACCCCUAAAAGACUAGAUUACUCGCUUAAGAAAAAACCCAUCCUGGCCGGUAAGAGACGCUCCAAACACUGAGCUGAGAUGAGUGAUGUGAGCGAAGAGUCGCUGCUGGAUUAUUUCUACUCCGCCGGGGGCGACUCAGGCAGAGUCAAAAAUGCAGAUAUACUGAGGACAUUUAAGCCUUUUAUUGGGCACAGUGACUUGCAGUUACGUGCCAAAUACCGAGAGGAAUUCAAGCUCAUCAUUGACCGAAUCGCUGUGGUGAAAUCUGAGAAUGGUGAGAAAUAUCUUAUCCUCAAGAAGAAAUACAGGAACGUGGUGCAAGAGCGAGAGGCCAAGAGUCUCAGGCCAGAUGGAGACCGACAGAGGCAUACGAGUCCGGCCAGAACGACAUCCACAGUGCAGUGGGAAGUGACAGACGCCCCGACAUCUACUCCUCGUGAGAAGGAGGAACAAGAUGAGCCAAUGUCAUGUGGAGAGGCUGACGCCACAGCAGAGGGCCAGCGAAAAGGAGCAGACCCUGUGCACCACUCUCCACGGCCACCUCCUGCCAUCCAGAUCCAUGAAGCCCCAGAGCAAAGCAACGCAGAGGAUGAGCUGGAAAGAGAUUCUGGGUCAAAGUCCGAGUCGGAGCAAGACGAGGAGGGUACGGGCAGUAUGGGCUCUGCUUCUGUCGCUCUGGAUCCUUUAGAGAAGGAGUGGAUCUAUUCUGCUGCCGGUGCUCGAGUCCCUGACCUCUCUCAGCUGCUCAGACAGGACCGCUCUCUGGCAAACAAGAAGGAUUUCACUUCAGGUUUUACAGCUCUGCACUGGGCUGCCAAACAUGGCAAUGAGGAAAUGGCCACACUGGUGGUUAAUGCUGGUGGUGAUGUCAACAUUAAAUCACACGGGGGAUACACACCUUUACACAUCGCAGCGUUACAUGGGCAUCGGCACAUUCUUGACCUGCUCGUAGGGACAUACGGGGCUAAAGAAAACUUGCGGGACUACAGUGGUCAUCUUGCCUGCCAUUAUCUGAACAUCAAAGAAGCAGAAGGUCCAGAUGAAGACUGUGAGCUACAGUUUCAAGUAACUCAGGCCAGGGAGCGGAACAAGAACAGGAAGUUGGCAUCGUUGUUCCACUCCAAGAAGAAGUGGGGGUCAGCAGAGGAGCUGGCUCCGAUAGAGGAGGAGAGGACGGCGUCACAUCAGCUCGCGCUUCCUGCUUUUAGACCCAGAAAAUUCUCCCGCUGAGGGAAAACAAACUCCAGGGUCAACCCUGUUCUGACGCUGUUCCCACACUCACUCUGUCACUCACUUUGCCCUUUCAGGCAUUCAUAUUUACACACAUGUACCAAGUAUUAAUAUGUAUAUUUAUUAUAUGUACACACACACACACACACACACACACAGGAGUCAUACCUGUGGUUACAGAUCCAAUCGAAUGUUUGCCACCUAAACAAAAUUAGAGAAACCAAAUAUACUUCUUCAUGCAUAUAAUCCAUAUUUUUCCUUACAGCUUGUUUAAAUAUUUUUUUGAAUUUUUAAAUGUUCAUCAAUGUUCUUCAGUGUUACUUAAAGUGGCACACGCCUUACAAGUUUUCCUUAAGCUGAGGCCAUGAUGGUCAAGCUAGUGAUUUUCUCUAUUUUUCUUAUUUUAUUGUUUACAGUUUUCAAUGAAAAGACCAAAAAUGAUAACGUCUUAGUCUCCCUCUCUAUACUUGUUCAGCCUGUCAGUGGCUUUCAGAUCUCUAACCUUUAAAAAAUUGGUCAAGAAUACACAAGAGUGACCACCAAAUCAAAAACAAGGCUAGAUAGUGUAUUUCUUGGAGAGUAUUUUCAGUCGUACAUCGGCUGUCUUAGUAAGAAUUUGGGGAUUAAAAGGAAGAAUAAGCUUCACACUCUGUAUGAAAAUAGUUUGUAGUUUUUAAGGAACAGCUGAGCAUUCUGACACAGGAAAAAAAAAGUCUGACUUUAAAUCAAGUGAUAAUACUUCUCAUUUCCAUAUAUACAAACAGAAGUUACCAGGCUCACCCCUUAAAAGGAUCAUUUAAUGUUUUUUGUAUGUUUCGGUUCUUUAAAUGCACCAUAACUGAACAAUGCAAUUAAACUGAUUUCCUUCAGUCCUUGACAGCAGCUAACAUUAAUUUACUGGUAAAUGUAUUAUUUAAAACUUAACACUCUUAAGGGACUGUACAGAACAGUGUCUCACUGCAAAAAUAAUUCACAAAAACACUAAAUUUAGCAUUUAACCAUAACUUCAUUUCAGUUUAAUUCUCCAUUUCACUCUACUUCUUUAAAAAACUUUGCUCAUUGCCCUCCUUUCAACAAAAAUAAAGUACUAAACCUUACCUCUUUUUCUCGCGCUCCUCCUUUGCCAGUUCUUAGAGUCGGACAUCAGAUAAUGGUAAUGAUUGCACCAGCUCACACUCAAAUACAGAGUCUAUAACACGACUUUAUAAAUGAGCAGCUGGAAAAUUCACCCAGUAAUGAGAUAAUCCAAUCAACACAAGGAUAAAUAUUUGUUGUGUCUAAGCUGUUUAAAGCAGGUUUCUUGCAAAUGACUUUUCAGACAGUACUGAAGAUUAGUUUCUUGAGUAAAUGAAUAAGCAUUUGCCUGUUUGCAAUAUAUUUGCAUGCUUCUAAUUUGUAGUAACUGGGCUAAACAUCCAAAUUUUAUUUUUCUUUUUAGAUCUUGAGAUUUAGUGCAAAGCAGUAUUAGCAUUUUUGCCAACCUACAUUUCUGCUGUGCCCCUGCUGGUUACUCUCAGGUUAUAAUAACUGUGUAUCUGACGUGAGGCAGUUUUUCUUAGUUUGCUGGUAAAAUAACUCUGAUUUACUUUAACUGAGCACAGAUGAGGUCACUCUGUUACUCGAUGAAGGAUUGUUAGGGAAACAAAAAGUGGUGUUUGCUGAUUGUACUUGAUUUGCUCACCAGCUGUUUAUCAAAAUGCCUGGUAACAUUUUUUUAAAAUGCAUUGUUACAUUGUGUUCUAAAGAUGUUGCCAAGUGAUUCUAAUGCUUUAAAAGUGACGUAUUCAUUACUUUUACAUUGUUG